AUGCCACCAUUCCCCGCAAUCGGUGAUUAUCUCAAAGCCAUCCGGGAGUCCAGCAGAGCAGUACGGCAGGCAUUCAACAUUACUAUCGAGCCAACGUCCAUUGAGCGCCUCCUCCUUUCUCCGGCCUUCACUGGCACCUUCACCCGCGUUUCGAAAUCGCAUGGCCUAGGCAUGCCGCUCAACUUUCCCAACGAGCUCGCAGAGCUCAACCUACUUGCCGUGCUCUCGCUCUUGAACUUCGGACACGGCUACCGAGUGGUGCUGCACAGCCAGACCGGUCGCGGCGCAUGGGACUCCAUACGCGCGCUUGUGUUCUCCAUGUAUAUCUCCGGAGAAGAGAUGUUGAACGCGAAGAGCAUGUCGUCCGUUCAGGCCCAAACGAUCGCGGAGCUGAUGGGCGUUAAGACGCACGUCGAGCGGGCUCACGAGAGCAUACCGGGCUUGACGGUCGGAAAGCUCGGCGGUGAAGGGUAUCAAUUAGUCAAAAUGAUCACCGACGUUCUCAACGAGACGGGGACGAUACUGGUUCAGACCGGCUAUCGCGAUCUGGGUCAAUUUGUUGCAGAAACCCUGAAAGAGGGAAAGAAGGCAGCAAAAACCGCUAGCGAACAGAACGUGGAUGUCGAGGUUGUCCUCGAUAGAAUUGUCCGCGCUAUUCCUGCCUUCCGAGACAUGGCGAUCGUAGAUGGACAUCCCGUUUACUGCUUCAAGAAGGCACUCUUCCUCAUCCAUGCCAUCGCCGUGCGCUUUACAACCGCGCCAUUCCCUAUACCAGAGACCUCCCAUCUUCCCGUGUUCACAGACAACGUUAUCCCAUCCAUGUUGGUACACCUAGGGGUGAUAGACCUUUCGACCUCGGCGGAGUCGCUCGGUCUUCGGCGUCUAUUUGGCGGCCCCGAAGACGCAGACCGCGAAAAACUCAAAUCUCUCCUCGCCGCAGCACCGGACCAUCCAGCAGGGGCUCAAAAGCAGAAGGUUGUGCCGAAAGAAGGACCCGUGCUCACGACGGACCAGUCCUACAUACUCCGCGCCGCGGCCAUCGAUGCGUGCGAGAUGAUGAUCGAGGUUGCCCCGGGGGAUCAUGAGCAAGAUGUGAAAGACGACAUCUCGUGGAUCAAGUCGAUGACGCUCCCCGAUCUCGACAUGUGGCUUUGGGCAGUCGCCAAGGAUCGCCCGGACUACCGCAGCCUCGAACGGUUUGUAGUGAAAGAUACCGUGUACUUCUGA